CAUACCACUACCGUAAUUCAAAACGAAACAUGGCGGCACCAUACACUAUUCACACGUCAACACUCUUUGAUCCUAAACAGAAGGCGUUUAUAUCCGACAUCUCUAUCACUGUUGACCCCAUCUCGGGUCUAAUUGUCGAUGUUAUACAGAGAACACCGGGCUCGGUUGGAGAUGCUGUGCCAGAUGGCGAUGUUGAUUUGAGGCACAGAGUAGUGAUGCCGGGAUUUGUAGAUGCGCACAGCCAUAUCUUCCUCCACUCCUACAAUGAGCGCGCAUCCGUGAAUCAAAAACGUGACGAAAGCGUUGUGGAGAGAAUAGUUCGAGCAGUCAAUCACUGCCGUACUGCAUUACUCGCCGGGUACACUACUUAUCGAGACCUAGGGUCUGAGUCUAUGAAAGAGGCUGAUGCGCAAGUUCGAGACUGUAUCAAUCGAGGACUCAUACCUGGGCCACGGCUGUUCGUCGCCACCCGCGCUUUAGCUAGCACAGGCUCAUACGAGCCUCGUACUGAGAAUCAUGCCAACGGGGUCUGUCUCCCCAGUGGAGGCGAGGCUGUUGACGGACCAGACGAUGCCCGUAUAGCUGUCAGACGGCGUAUUGCGGCAGGUGCCGAUAUCAUCAAAUUCUUUGCUGAUUACCGUCGUCGUCUCAUGCGAUAUCCGCCGGUUCAACAACAUCCAUAUAUCUCUGGUAUCCAACACCCUCCCGCAAAUCCAAACCCUGAUAUUCUUGUAUUUGAUCAAGAAGAAAUGGACAUGAUCGUCAAAGAGGCAAAAAUGGGGGGGGCACCAGUAGCCUGCCAUGCCGGUACAAUUGAAGGUGCUAUCAUGGCUGUCAAGGCGGGUGUCAAUACUAUCGAGCAUGCCUACUUUGCGAACCGGGAGUUAUUUGAACUCAUGGUUGAGAAGGACUGUAUCUUAGUCCCAACUUUAGCUGUCUGUGAGCGAUUGCACAAGCACAGGAUUCAGGAAAUAUUAGACCAGACCAAGCUAGCCUACGACAUUGGCGUUCGCUUCGCUUGUGGAGGUGACACUGGUACAUACCCACAUGGCCAAAAUGUACGAGAAAUGGAGCUCAUGAUUGAAGCCGGCCUACCGCUAGAGCAUGUUCUCGAGGCUGGCACUGUUGGCGGUUGGGAAUCUUGUGGCAAAGACUUGUGCGGCAUGCGCUUUGGAUGGUUCGAGAAAGGUCUGAGAGCGGAUAUAAUUGCCCUCAAGACCGAUCCUCGUCAGGAUAAAUACGCUUUGAGAAAUGUGGAUUUCGUGAUGAAAGACGGGGUUAUUUGGAAGAAAGAUGGGAAAGGGGUGGGCGUCUAUCAGGAUGACCAUAAAUGGGAUACCGAGUGA